AUUCUGGUCGAUCGUCUGCUGCGUGCCACUUUCCCUCUAUUUAUUCCUUUUAUGUUCUAGCCGAUGUUUUUGUGUAGGCGAAGAGCGACCACACUUGAGAGUUGAGAGCCAAGGGGAAUAUCAGCUUCAGCGGUCAGCUGAUCGUGCUCAUUUCUCGGCGACCCCAACAGGGACAUCUACCAUUCUCCUCACAAGUUCGCCGAAAUGGCAUCACCUCAACCUAAAAGCCCCAAACCCGUGCAUUCCCCAAAGAAGAAAGAGGAGUCUUUCCUCGACUACUUGGGAACACUCGGCCGGAGGAAGAAAAUCAAAGAAGUGGAAGACUUGCGCAUCGAAGAAUCGAAGGCUAUCGAUUAUGAGGGACGGAUUCUGGAUUCGGAGAUCCUUCCCGAAGACUGCCACCUCGAGGAAGGCGAAGAACGAGCUGUCAUCGAGCGCGAAUCCUACGAGAGCGCGUCUUUCCAAGAACUCGUGAAAAUUCUCAUCGAGUGGAUCAACGAUGAAUUGGCUCCAAACAGGAUUCUCGUCAAAAGCAUCGAAGAGGAUCUGUACGAUGGACAGGUGCUCCACAAGCUGUUGGAAACACUCUCCGGAGCAAGGAUCGAUUGUGUAGAAAUGACUCAGAGCAACGAAGGUCAGAGAGAAAAACUCAAAGUUGUCCUGGAGAAAGCCAGCCAGGCUCUCGGUGUGCCGACCUGGGGCCAGGGUCUAAAGUGGAGCGUUGAUGCGAUUCACUCCAAGAAUGUUGUCGCCAUCGUGCAUUUACUGGUCUCUCUCGCGCGACACUUCCGAGCCCCGGUCCGGGCGCGUCUUCCGGAGAACGUCAUCGUGUCAGUUGUGUCCGUGACGAAGCGUAAUGGACAGCUUAUUCCCGCCAAAGUGCAGGAACAACUUACGACGACCUAUGAUGAAUACGGGAUGAAGGUGGAACGCGAUGCUUUCGACCAGCUGUUCGACCAGGCGCCUGAGAAACUUUCGGUAGUGAAGAAGUCUCUCCUGACAUUCGUCAACAAGCACUUGAGUAAGAUCAAUUUCGAGAUCACCGACUUGGACAAGCAAUUCCAUGACGGAAUCAACUUGGCGCUCCUGAUGGGACUUCUCGAGGGAUAUUUUAUUCCCUUGCACAAUCUGAGCCUUACACCAGAAGCUUUUGAUCAGAAAGUGAAUAAUGUUGCAUUCGCCUUCGGUCUGAUGAAGGACGCUGGUUUGCCAAAGCCCAAAGCACGCCCCGAAGACAUUGUGAACUACGACCUGAAGUCGACGCUCCGAGUGCUCUACAAUAUCUUUUCACAGUAUAAGAACUCUCCUUGAAUGCCUUUCGUUCCGAGUGGGAAAGGAAUCAUGUUAAUAUGCUGCUGUUAUAUAGACUUACCACGGGUUCAUAAUUCAUCCUGCGGACACAAUUUAAAAAUGCAUUUAACGACUGAGUCAUAUAAAUAAACAAGUGCCUUCCCUUGUACUAAAUACGCAUCUGGGACCCGAAUAAAACAUUUCAA